AGAAAUGAAUGACUUAUGACAUUCCAGGACCCGAGAAACGGAUUAUAUCUCCGAAACCGAGGAAUAUUUCAGGAAUGCCCACAGCUGCGAGGAGGGUUGGCAGUCCUGGGGCGUGGUGAGCUGGCACUGAGAGGAGGCUUGUGUGUGUUGAGGCAUGUGAAGGGGAAGGACCGAGCUCGCAUUAUGGGUCGGUUCGCGUCCUCCCUCUUCGCCCUUUGGUCUGUGCUUGUGCUGGACGUCGCCUGGACUGUCCGGGGACUCGUGACCCAGAAUGACAUCAAGGAUCCGACCGUAUUUGUGGUGCUCCUGGCCAGGAACAAGGAGCACACGUUGCCUUACUUCCUGACGUUGUUUGAGCGCCUCAAUUACCCCAAGGAGAGGAUGAGUCUCUUCAUUCGCUCCGACCACAACCAGGAUAGGACCAUUGACAUCAUACAGGAUUGGCUGGAGGAUAACAGGGACAAGUAUCAUUCAGUUGACGAGCAUUUGGAUCAACUUGGACCCAAGAAAUACUCAGAUGAUAAGUUUGUGUCUGAUUGGAGUGAUGAGAGGUUCAAUAACAUAAUUAGCAUGAAGGAGGAGGCUUUGAAGAAAGCCAGGGGCAUGUGGGCUGAUUUUAUAUGGUUCCUGGACAUGGAUAUUUUUCUUACAGAGCCUGAGGCCCUUCACUUAUUGCUAAAUGAAGAUAAAGCCAUCAUUGGGCCGAUGUUAAACUCUCUCGCCACAUACAGCAACUACUGGGGUGGUAUGACAGAAGAUUAUUGGUACACGCGCACUGAUGAUUACCUUCCUAUAUUGGAACGAAAGGAAAGGGGAUGCUUUGCCGUGCCUAUGGUCCAUUCUUUUGUGUUGGUCGACCUUACGCGGAGUGCUUCAGACAAUCUUACAUUCGUGCCAAAGAAUGUUCAAGGGUACAAUGGUCCAAAUGACGAUAUUAUCACAUUUGCAGUAUCUGCAAAGAAUGCUGGUAUUGAGAUGUAUGUUUGCAAUUCCAUAAUAUAUGGGUUUAUCCCUCCACCUCUUGAUGAUAAUCAAGGUAUGGACAUUGACCUUAGACAGCUUCUAAGCAUAAAGCUUGAAGUUCUUGUUUUCUAUCCUUCUCUACCAGUAACCCCAAACUUAGCCAAAUAUGUACCUCCAAUGCCAAAAAAGGAUAAACUAGGUUUUGAUCAGAUAUACUUGAUUAGCCUUGGUCGUCGACAUGAAAGGCGUGAGAGAAUGCAACUAUGUUUUGACGAAUUAGGUUUGGAUGUCAAGAUUUUUGAUGCCGUGGAUGGGCAACUGCUGAACGAUACUUACCUCAAGCAGUUGGGAGUGAAGCAAUUGGAAGGCUACAAGGAUCCCUGGGCACAGAGAGAUAUGACCUUUGGUGAGAUUGGAUGCUUCCUAAGUCACUAUUUCAUCUGGGAAGAUAUAGUAAACAAUGGGUAUGAAAAGGUUCUACUCUUUGAAGAUGACAUUCGAUUUGAGCCUUUCUUUAGGGAGAAAGUAAGGCACAUGGUUCGGCAAUCAACCGAAUUGGUCGAUUGGGACUUGAUCUACCUUGGUCGGAAAAAACUCAAAAGUGCAGAUGAACCUUGGGUGGAUGAUUCAGACUAUUUGGUUCAUGUUGGUUAUUCCUAUUGGACACUGUGCUACGUCAUCACACUAGAAGGUGCAAAAAAGCUUCUAGAUGGUGAGCCUCUUGGGAAGAUGCUGCCUGUCGAUGAAUACCUGCCAAUUAUGUUUGACAGACACCCUGACGAGGAAUGGAAAGAGAGUUUUGACAAUCGCAAUCUCAAUGCAUAUUCUGUGUCACCGUUAUUUGUGUAUCCAACCCACUACACUGGAGAACCAGGUUACAUCAGUGACACAGAAGAUUCAGUGACCAUUAUCAGUGAUGAAUCUCAAACUACUGUGGAACCAGAGCUUGAAGACAAAGGCCUAGGGCUGGAGGUUGGACUGAAUGGACUGGGAAAAGAAGAACUCUGAACUCGGGUAAAUUUUUGAAGACUGGUGAAAAUUCAAAGUUUGACCCAUGAUCUGACAAGUGUUAGAUGGUAACUUUAUUUUGUUUUCUAAUUAUGCUAGAAUUAAUUGGUGUUUCCAUGCUGAUUUUUCUUCUUACAAAGUGACAAGUAGAAAUUACUUUAUUAAUGUCAUUGUAAUUAAAAUGAUUAAAAAGGGUAAUCAUAUAAACAAAAUGAAGUGCUUUAUUAGAUAACUUUGUGUUAUUGAAAAAUGUGAUAUUAAUUAUAUGUAAUUUAUGUGCUAACAUGGAAAGUUUAAUCCGACUUCACCUCUCAUUUUGCUCACAGACUAAAGUAAAAGUUUUAGUUAAUUUUGUUUGGAAUACCUAUUGAAAUCAUAACAUACUUUGCACAAACAGAAUCCUCAAAUAUGUAUUCUAUUUUGGUUUGACAGACACUUUUUACUUGUGAUAUAAGGUAAUGGCUUUUAAUUGUCAGUGGUAAUGUUUUUUAUGAGUAAUGAUUGUAAAGACAGGAAUUCUUUGGGAUCUGAUGUUCAUAUGCUGUUGGAUGUUGGAUGUUUAAAAGAGUUACAGCAUGUACUUUAUAGAAUGAUUAUAUUAUAAUUGUAGAUUGGUCAUGCUUCAAUAGCAGUACAUAUUUACAAAAGUAUAGUAUAUGAUAUUUUAAACCCUCAAAUCAGCCACAAUGAUCAUGGUUACAUGUUCAUGGUGUUUAGAGGUUUGUUCUUUAGUUUGCUAUUAUUUCUGUGUGCUGUAUUAUUGAUCUCUUUUUUUAUUGUUGAAUAGAAUGUAAUUGCAGUUCAUUCUACAAUAUUAUGUGAAUCAAUAUCAUGACUAAUUUUUUGGUUAAUCUGUUAAUAGUUGCUGCUAGUUCCACUUUGUUCAAGCUAGAUGUUACAUGCUCGUAACAAACACUAUGCUGUCAGUAGGAUGAGUAUGCUAUUUAUACUCUGACCAAUAUUUUUCAUGUUAGUUGUUAUACAACAUGUGCAUAUAUUCAGUUAGAACCAGUUCUUCAGUAUCUGGGGCUUUUUAGUAUGAAAUUAUAAUUUUGCCAUCUUCAGUGCUGACUUGUGCCAUUUACUUAUAAACCAGUGCUUGCUAAAUAAUGUUCUGAAAUUUAUAUGAGAAAAGUCACAAUGAGCUAUUUUGAAGCUCUAUUUAUGAGACAAGGUUUUAAAAAGUGAAUUCGUACCUUGUGAUAGCUGCAUAUAAUCUAGGCUGCUUUAACAGUUAAAAGUAGGUGAAGAUUCCACACCAAACUACAAAAGUACAAAGAGAGGAACUUUUCCUUUUGAAAUAGUAUAAUAGUUACAGACUAAUCCCAAAGGUACCAUAUCGAAUGUUACAAAGAUAUUCAAAAGCAAUUGGCUGAUUUCCAUUUCUUAAACAGUGCCAUAUUUAUAGAAAUUAUAAAUGAAAAAUAUGUACUUUGAACAGGUUUCAAGGUAUUCAGAUGUAGUGACUUUAUACAAUGUAUUUGAUGUUUUGUAGUUCUUUUCCUUUCAUGGUGUAGCCAUUCUGCAUAAUGGAUUUUGAGACUUUGAUCUGUGUCUUGGAAGUGCAUAGUAUACAAGUAAUGUGAUAUGAAUGGUGCUAUAAAAAUGUGUUCAUUGAAUGCUCUCAUGUACAUUUUAUUUUAAUUUUCAUUUCAUUGUAGUAUUAUUUUUUUUACUUCAAAACAUUAGUGUAGUGACAUUUUUUUUUCAAUGGAUGAGUUAGGGUAAGUAAUUGUGUGCAGAGAAGAGUUUUGUAAAUGUAACCAGUUAUAAAACUGGUACUUUACAACAAAAUAAUUGUCUUCUGCAUGUUAAGCAAUAAUAAAGUUUUUUAUAUCAGCAA